AUGGCUCAGAAUUUUUCCGCUAUGCUCCCGCUCCAACCUUUGUGGUAUCCGUGCAGGGACAUGACUUGUUGCUGCAAUAUAGAUAAGUGUAUGCAUUGCAAGGAAAUAAUGAUGGCUUUACGCAAGAAUCCACAGAGAUGUUGCCAGGAAAUAAUGAUGCCACCAGUAGCUUCGACUAAAUUCUUACCCAUCACCAUCGAGAUCAAAGAAGCUACGGUCGUCAAGAAAAAGCGUCAGCUUCCACCUCAGCGCCGAACAAAGCGCUAUGUUGCGGACGCACAGCGACAUAAACGAAGGACCUCUCUCGCACAAUUACCUCGGCCGACGAACGACAAACCCUUCCCAUUCUUCAAGUUGCCGCGUGAGCUCAGAGAUCAAGUCUAUGCAUCACUUGUAACUCGGACGGAUUGCAGACGCUCCGUAAUCUCAGCUGUAUCUCUCCUUAGCGACAAGAAAGCCAAACGUGCUGCUCAGGCCAAACGUGAGCGGUUGAAUCGGAGGCGCAUUCUAGAUGGAAAGUCGCCGGCCCGCACGCGAGACUCUGAAUCAGAACCGAUUGUCUAUCUGAAGCUGCUGCAAUCCUCUCGAAGGUUGUACGAUGAAGCACAAGACUACCUCUACAGCAACAACUGGUUCGCCCUUACACUCGACAAACUUCCUUCCACGACGUUCGAGACGCCGUACGGAUGGAACCUCUCCAGCAUCACAAGACUGCAGAUCGAGAUCCAGCUCAAAGAUGCAGCACAUAUGAACAGUUAUGUUGACUGGACCGCAUUCUUCUCAUCCUUUACUUCUUUGCGGUUUCUACACGUCGCGCCCACCUUCCACCCGCGAUACUACGAUUGGGCUUAUCCGGAACUGAGCAACUGGACGGCCGCGCACUACGUCCACAGGGCUUUCUUCCGCGAACUGCUGGCAGCGAUACCGAGCCAUGUCAACAUCAAUUUUGGAGACAUCACCGAUGGGAACACAGAUUUACAGUUGCAGGGACAGGCUAUUUGCCAGACGGUUGUCGCGAGCAUGUACGCAGAGCUUGGCAGACGGUAA